GAACCUCUCUACCGUUCAAAGCACAAACCUUUUCUUCCUUCCUCAAAGCCCUCUGUUCCGUUCAAAGUUCCAACCUUUGUUGCUCUCUCCCUUCAAACUUCAAAGAAUUCAAACAGAGGUACCAGGGAAUGCAGAAAGAUGGGUUUAAAUGCUGUUAAUUCCUCCUCCCAGGCCUUUAAUGUAAUCUCUCCCCAUGAACUUCCUCUAGUCAUUCUUGUUGGGGAUGGAUGCUCAACUAACAGCAGAUUCAUGCGCUCUGUCAAAAUGGAUGACAUAAUUACAAACAAAAUUUUUGUCAUGCUGAAGCGUGACCUCAGUGAAGACGGUUGAAUUCUUCAGAUCUAGCAUUCCUGCCCCAUAGACAAUAUAAUAUUAGAGGAGGAGAAAAAAAAAGAAAAAGUUGAAGCAUAUAUUAGGUUUGUAUCCUGUUUAACAAUGGAGAAGAAGGGGAAGGUUUUGAUGCAAAAGUAUGAGUUGGGGAGAUUUUUAGGGCAGGGAAACUUUGCUAAAGUUUACCAUGCAAGGAACCUUACAACUGGUCAGAGUGUGGCAAUUAAGGUCAUUGACAAGGAGAAGGUAUUGAAAGUUGGGAUGAUUGAACAAACCAAGCGGGAGAUAUCUGUUAUGAGAAUGGUUAAACAUCCUAAUGUAUUGCAGCUUUAUGAGGUCAUGGCUAGCAAAACCAACAUUUACUUUGUUAUGGAAUAUGCCAGAGGGGGUGAGCUUUUUAGCAAGCUAGCAAAAGGAAGGCUAAAGGAAGAUGUGGCAAGAAAGUGUUUUCAACAAUUGAUUAGUGCAGUUGAUUUUUGCCACAGAAGGGGUGUUUAUCACCGGGAUUUAAAGCCUGAAAACUUGCUACUGGAUGAAGAUGGAACUCUAAAAGUGUCAGAUUUUGGGUUGAGUGCCCUUGCUGAAACUAAACAUCAAGAUGGAUUGCUCCACACUUCCUGCGGAACUCCUGCAUAUGUUGCACCUGAAGUUUUGAACAGAAGAGGCUAUGAUGGGGCCAAAGCUGAUAUUUGGUCAUGUGGAGUGAUUCUCUUUGUUCUACUGGCUGGUUAUCUCCCGUUCCAUGAUUCAAAUCUAAUAGCAAUGUACCAGAAAAUAAGCAGGGCAGAAUACAGUUUUCCUAAUUGGUUUUCAAAUGAUGUUCGCAAGCUUCUGUCAAGAAUUCUCGACCCUAAUCCUAAUGCUAGGAUUUCAAUUGGAAAAAUAAUGGAAAAUCGUUGGUUCAAAAGGGGAUUCAACUCCAGACACAUGAGAAGAGGCAAAACAGAAUCAAAGGAAUUGGGUAUGCAGGAUGGCAUCGCAGUUUCUGCCCCUUGUGAGGUUAUUGAUUCGUCAUUGGAAGUCAAUUCAAAGAAAGAGGUGAUUAAGCCCACUAAUCUGAAUGCCUUUGAUAUCAUAUCUCUAUCAAGUGGGUUAGAUUUGUCUGGUUUAUUUGCUGAAAGUGAUUCCAAGGAAGAUAUAAAAUUCACAUCCCCUCACCCUGCUUCAACAAUCGUGGAUAAACUGGAGGAGAUUGCUGGUAAUCUGAGUCUGACAGUUAAGAAGGGCGGAGGGGUAAUGAAAUUGGAAAGAUCAAGUAAAGGCAGAAUGAGGGAAUUGAGCAUUGAUGCAGAAAUAUUUGAGUUCACCCCAUCUUUUCAUUUGGUAGAGAUGAGGAAGUCGUGUGGUGAUACAUUUGAGUACCUGGAAAUGUUGAAACAGCAUGUAAGACCAGCUCUGAGUGACAUUGUAUGGGCUUGGGCAAGUUGAGCUGCAGGCAUCUGCAUUCCUUUCCCUUUUCAGUGUGUUGACUUAAAUUUCUUCCUAGAUUUGGGUGGAAGUUUCUCAGGUUUAUAAACCUCAUAUUAUUAUUAUUAUUAUUAUGUUGCAAGGGACUGGAGCAUCCUGUACUUGUUCUUUAAUAAAAUUUUUUGUUUUUG